UAAGGAGGUUGUUAGAAAGCCCACUGUUUAUAUGUUAUUUGCUUGGUUGAAGUGUUAUGGUUUGUUUAUAAAUAAGUGUUUGUGCUGUGGAAAUUGAUAUGUCCUACGUCAUUGAACUCACCAUAUCUACGCUGACGCUCCUUGAAUGCACCACUCUGUGCCGUGUGCUGCUAGUCUGCCUUUGUAGCUGCUAAUAGCCAGCCUUUUUCCUUUUGUCCUCUCACCAGCAUCUCGUGGGUUUUGGUUUAUUGCUGUGUGUGAAUGCCAGAAGACCACAGCUGAAUAAAUCUCCUAAACUUGGAAGCUGCCUCCGUGUUCUUUGACCGGAACACACCCACCAUACCUUGCCGCUCUAAAUCAAAUCAGCUAACUCCCGGAGACAACAUUCUCUCCAUUUUAUGGUCCUUCGAGCCGGAUUAGAGUACUGAUCAAGGUAUGGAACAGACAGAUGUCCAGGCUGACUCAGCACCCCCACGUGUUUCGCAGAGAGAGCGACGGCCACCUGCUUACCUGAACGAUUAUGAGGUUUCAACACUCCCUCUUGAGGGACAAACCCAAACCACGCAACCGGCUACCGCUUCCCAGUGUUCACAUGGAGGUAAAACACGCUCAUCCCAGAGGAGCUCCAGCUCCAGGUCCACAAGGGCAUCACGCUCGUCGAUAGGCAGAUUCCCUUCCCACGCAUUAUCAGAACUGGAAACAGCCCAGCUCGAAGAGCGAGUAAAGCAGAUGGAACUUGAGGAAUUCCAACAGCACCUAGAAGAGGAUCAACAAGUCGAAUAUGAAUGUCAACGACUUCAAGCUCAAGCCAGAGAGGCCCAGCAGCUACAGGAAGAAGCCAUUAGAACCCAAGAGGCGUUGACCAGACAGCUGGAGAGGCGACGACAGCUAAAGAAGAGGGUAAACGAGUUGGAGAUAGCCAAGAUGGUUACUUCUCUCCUUAAAGAGAAAGCACAAGAACCCAGCGGUUCCAGAGUCUCACCAUGCCCAUCGGAGGAUAGGAAUUCGAGCACCCAUGCAGCCCUACCUUCAGUCGGUCCUGUGCGUCGGUCUCCCGAACCGCUAGUCAUUCAACCCUCAACACUUACCGUGACUCAGCCUCCAGCGCCCAUGGUAGCUCCACCUCCAGUAACCAUGGCCUCGCAUCUAUUGCAUUCUCAGUGCACGCCCCAAGUGCUGCACCCAACUGUUCCAGCUGGACUUCGGUCUACUACCUUUGCACCUGAUACAUCUUACCAGGCAUCUACUCCAUUCUCAGGUCAGCCAUCGCAGUAUGCUCGUGCAGCCUGCAGCAACCCUGCCGAAGCAGAGUUAUUUUGCACACCUAAGUCCGAGCUACCGACAGCUAAUGCGUACCCUUUCCUCGCCACAGGGUAUGGCAUUCCCAAGCCUAUGAUUCCCUCCUUUGAGAGUGGCCGUGAAAGUGACUUUGCCUUAUUGAAAAUGGCCCUUGACAACCUGUUGAACAGUCAUCCACACCUGAAUGAGCAGUAUAAAUAUCAAGUGCUGCUUGGGCACCUACAGCUACCUAGUGCAAUCCAGCUAGCUAAGGCAUACAUGCAUGACCCAACGCCGUACACCACGGCCAUGCACGCCCUGCAGGACAAGUAUGGGCAACCCCGUCAGCUCGUCCAAAGUGAAUUGGGCAUCAUUCUGAAUGCUCCAGCUAUCAAAUUCGGCGACGCAGAAGCCUUUGAUGCAUUUGCCUUGUCUAUCCAAUCUCUAGUAGGGAUGCUUAGGACACUGGAGGGCCAGAACGGCUUUGAGCUAAGAUGUGGGUCUCAUGUCGACCGACUACUGAGUAAGAUGCCACCCAGUUAUCGCGAUGGGUUUGUAGAGCAUUGCCUGAACCAAGGCAUUCUUCGGACAGGUACUGACCAAACCUAUACCCUGCCUGAUCUGAGUUCCUGGCUGCAGAUGAAAUCCCAAGCGAAGCGCAUCGCAGGUAGAGCUGCUUCACUCUAUAGUCCUGAAGCUUAUAAGCCAAUCAAGAAAGACCAGCGUCUUCCCAAUAAACCAAAGGAGAAAUCGACAGCCUUCUUCCUGACUUCCCGGGAAACCCCCCGCUCAGAAGGGAGUUCUGUCCGACCAAAGUCCUCAUCCAGACCAAAGCCAUACUGUCCCCGCUGCGAGAAUAAGGAGCAUUUCCUGAACACUUGUGUAGAGUUUAAGAAACUGACCACUGACCAGAUGGUGAGGUGGUUAACUGAUGAACAGCGGUGCUGGAAAUGUGGAAGAACUCACCAGCCGGAGGUUUGCACCCUCAAACGACCCUGUAAUACCUGCAGAGAGCAACACCUGACUGUACUGCAUGAUGCGGUCCAGCAGAUCCAGAAGAAUGUGCUCAUGAUGACUGCUCCGACUACAACAGUGUACUUGGAUAGGCCAAACCGUUCCCCCAAGGUGAUGCUGAAGGUUGUAAAGGUCUUGCUGUACAACAGGGACCAAACAUUGGAGACUCAUGCAAUACUUGAUGAUGGCUCCGAACGAAGCAUCAUUUUACCACAAGCUGUUCGACGCUUAAAGCUCACCCCAGAGCCCGAGACACUUACCCUGCGGACCGUCCACCAAGAGGUAGUGCAGCUUCGUGGCGCCUCAGUUUCCUUCCAAGUGUCCUCCCCCUACAAACCUGGGGAGAAGUAUCAUAUACAGAAGGCAUUCACCGCCGAUGCCCUUGGUCUCUCAGAACAUUCCUAUCCGGUGAGGAUUCUACAACGCCGCUAUAAACACCUGCGUGACUUACCUCUGCCUUUGGUAGAUCAUGUUCAACCUCUGCUGCUUAUCGGCUCCGACAUGCCUCAUCUCCUGGCACCUACAGAACCAGUUCAUCUGGGCCCGACAGGGGGACCCAUCGCCGUCCAUACCAAGCUUGGUUGGUCGCUCCAAGGUCCCAUCAGUAUUGACCAGACUCCUGCAACUGAGCAGCAGUGCCUGUUCACAGCAACAGUUGUGCCAAACAGUGAGCUUUUCAGGAAUGUUGAGCGUCUCUGGCAGAUUGAUACGCUGCCUUAUGUGAGCGAGAAGCAGGUAACCCGAUCGAAGCAAGAUCAGCAAGCUCUAAACCUACUCCAGACAUCCACCAUCAGGGUCACUGUCGAUGGGACACAGAGGUAUGCCACACCACUGCUUCGUCGCACCAACUCCGCCACACUUCAAGCUCCUAUGGAAGCAGUCUUGCCAAGUCUGCGCAGCACAGAGAGGAGACUUGUCAAAGACCCACAACGCGCCGAAGUAUAUUGUCAGGAGAUUCAGAAGCUAGAGAAGUUGGGCUAUGUAGCUGUGGUGCCACAUGAGAUAGCUGGAACCACUGCGGAGUCCUGGUUCAUACCUCACCACAUGGUGCGACACAAUAACAAGGACAGGAUCGUCUUUGACUGCUCUUUCCAGUAUGAAGGGAAGUCUCUCAACUCUAUUCUCCUCCCUGGACCUGCCUUAGGUCCAUCGUUGCUAGGAGUUCUUCUUCGGUUUCGACAGUAUCCAGUUGCUGUGAGUGGCGACAUCAAAGGUAUGUUCCACCAGAUACGCCUUUUGCCAGCAGACAAACCAGUGCUACGCUUCCUCUGGCGGGACAUGAAGAGGGAUGAAGAGCCGAAGAUCUAUGAAUGGCAAGUGCUGCCAUUUGGCACGACAUGCAGUCCUUGCUGCGCCAUCUAUGCAUUGCAGCAGCAUGUCCGGGACACUUGUAGGUCCAAUCAUGACCUCGUUGAUUGUGUAGAGCAGUCGUUCUACGUGGAUAACUGCCUCCGCAGCACCCACUCCCAAGAGGAAGCUAAGGCCCUAGUCGACAGUCUGCGCCAGCUGCUCCACACCGGGGGCUUUGAGAUGCGUCAAUGGGCCAGCAACAUCCCUGCUGUCAUUGAACAUCUUCCAUCCGAUGUCAGAUCUGAGAGUAGUGACCUAUGGCUCUCUCAGUCUAGCACAGACCUUUGGGAGCCAGCUCUGGGACUGACAUGGGAUUGCCUUCGUGACUCCUUCAAAUACAGACAUCAAAUGGGGGAGAGAACUGAACCCACACUGAGGAACGUCUACAAAACACUUGCGUGUCAGUACGAUCCGCUAGGUUAUAUAGUACCAUUCACCACACGGGCCAAGAUUCUGGUACAGGAUCUUUGGAAGGAGCAGCUCGGCUGGGACGACCCGAUCCAGCCACCUAGCCUUCGUGACAGAUGGCUUGCCUGGGAAAAGGAGAUUCCUGAUCUUAUCCACGUGGAAGUCCCCAGAUGUUAUGCACCAGCAUCUGCUGAUUCAUCUGCUUCAAGUAGAGAUCUUCACAUCUUUUGCGACGCUUCCGAGAGAGCAUAUGGGUCUGUCGCUUACCUGCGGACAGAAACUGCUCAGAAGGAAGUCUAUGUCGCCUUUGUGAUGGCUAGAUCCCGGGUGGCUCCAAAGAAACAGCUGUCCAUGCCGCGGUUGGAACUGAGUGCCGCUCUCACUGGUGCACAACUAGCUGGUCUCCUUCAAGCUGAGCUCACGCUGCCCAUUCGAAAGGUCGUUCUCUGGUCGGACUCCACUACCGUUCUCCACUGGAUCAAGUCAGAAUCUUGCAGCUAUAAAGUUUUUGUGGGCACGCGGGUGGCAGAGAUCCAGAGUCUUACAGAUGGGAGUACCUGGAGAUAUGUGGAUAGUGCGAAUAACCCUGCUGAUGACAUUACCCGGGGCAAGACCUUGAGGGAGCUGUCACGACCACACCGGUGGCACCAAGGCCCUGAAUUUUUAUGUCGAUCCGAGGAGCAUUGGCCGACCAGCCCACCAGCAUAUCCAGAGCCAGAGGAUGGCGAGCUGAAGAAAUCAUAUUUCUGUGGACAGGUUAGGGUCAACUCCUGCCCUCAACUUCCUGAAAUCAGCAUGUUCUCCACCUGGAAGGAUCUCAUCAAGACAACAGCGCGGUCCCUACAUGGGGCGGCUGACCCAAACUCAAGCUCGCCCAGUGAAGCAGACGAUUACAUCAAAGCUGAGAUACUCCUCCUGAUGAAGGCUCAGUCAGAAUCAUUCCCGGAGGAGGCCAAGGCACUUAGGUCUGGCAGACCAUUGCCAACCAACAGCCGUUUGAACUCCUUAUCACCCGAAUAUGAUAAGGAUACGGAACUCAUCAGAGUUGGUGGAAGGUUACGAAGGGUUGAGCAGCUGGAGCUAGACACCAUCCACCCAAUCAUACUAGACCCAAAACAUCCUCUGACUAAGCUCAUCAUCCAGGAUUUUGAUGAGACCCUCCUUCAUCCUGGACCAGAAAGAGUGUUGGCUGAACUACGUCGCCGGUUCUGGAUCCUCCGGGGGAGGGAAGCAGUCAGACGGUAUCAGAGGGACUGCAGGCAGUGUCAGGCUUGGCGUGCCAAUCCUUCCAUCCCGAAGAUGGCAGAUCUGCCACCAGCUCGUCUGCGACUGUAUAAACCACCCUUUUAUUCGACUGGAGUCGAUUGUUUCGGACCCUUUACUGUGAAAAUUGGACGUCGAACAGAGAAGCGUUGGGGCAUAGUCUUCAAGUGCAUGACGACCCGUUGUGUGCAUCUGGACCUCCUCGAGAGUCUUGACACUGACUCCUUUCUGAUGUCGUUAAGGCGCUUCAUUGCCAGAAGAGGCAAACCUUUUGAGCUCCUGUGUGACAACGGGACAAAUUUUGUCGGUGGAGCCCGAGAGCUCCAUGAGGCCUUUGAGACCAUGGCGCCUCAGUUGAAGGAGCGUUUGGCAGAGCAGCAGAUUGCUUUCCGUUUCAACCCUCCCAGUGCUCCUCACUUCGGUGGCGCCUGGGAGAGAGAGGUCAGGUCCGUGAAAACUGCUCUUAAGGUCGUACUCAAGGAGCAGACGGUCCCUGAAACUGUGCUUCGUACGGUCCUUGUGGAAGUGGAGGGCAUCGUAAAUGCUAAGCCUCUCGGCUACGUCUCAUCAGACAUAGCAGAUCCAGACCCCAUCACACCUAACAUCCUGCUUAUGGGACGCUAUGAUGCAUCACUCCCUCAAGUGGUUUACGAUCCCAGCAACCUUAUCGGAAGUCGCAGAUGGAGACAUAGUCAAGUUCUUGUCGACCAUUUCUGGUCCCGAUUCACCCGUCACUACCUGCCUAUCUUGCAAGAGAGACAGAAGUGGCAGAAGGAGGCGGAGUGUCUCAAACCGGACCAAGUGGUGCUCAUAGUUGAUCCUCAGCUCCCAAGAGCUUUAUGGCCUGUUGGUAAGGUAACGACUACUUACCCUGGAGCUGAUGGACGCAUCCGGACUGCUGCCGUUAAGGUCAAAGAUCGAACGUAUAUUCGACCAGUAGCCCGCUUGGUCUCACUCCCUAUGCUUGAAGAUGAUAAGGAUCCACAUACCUAAGUGGCCUUUCCACCUUGGAUUCGA